ACACGCGGCGCGCUGCGGCCCUCCACACACGUUUGGCGCCGAAAACUCGGAGCAGUGCGCCCGCCGGCGCGGGGCGGGGUUGGUUCGGCGGCUCCGCCUUGUCCCGCCCCGUCCGAGGGGUCCCCGCACCUAUGGUCGCUGCUCCGGCCGUGACCCCGAAGUGCCCGAGCCAAGCUGGGAUGGUCGCGGUUUCCUCGGGGACGGCGUAGCCGCUGCCCCCACCGGGCCCAGCGCUUCCUGCGCCACCCUCACCCCCGCUCAGACCGGCCAUGGCGCGGCCGGAGACCGCCUAUGAGGCGGCGGUGCCGCCCCGCCCCGCCUGCACCUACACCAGCUGCUACUGCGAAGAAAAUGUUUGGAAGCUUUGUGACUAYAUCAGGAGUCAGGAUCGGUACCCUUUAGAAGAAUUUUAUGCUGUUUUCAUAUCCAAUGAUAGGAGGAUGAUUCCUCUCUGGAAGCAGAAAUCUGGACAUGGAGAUGAGCCUGUUGUCUGGGACUACCAUGUUAUUCUACUUCAUGUUUCCAGYGGGGAGCAGAACUUCAUUUAUGAUCUUGACACAGUGUUGUCAUUUCCCUGUCCUUUUGAUAUGUACAGUGUGGAGGCCUUCAGGUUGGAYGACAGCCUUCGUCCAGAGUUUCACAGAAAAAUCAGAAUGGUUCGAGCAGAUUUGUACUUGAAGACAUUUGCUUCAGACAGAUCUCACAUGAAGGAUGCAAAUGGAAAAUGGCAGAARCCUCCUCCUCCAUACCCUUGCAUUGAAACUGCAGGCUCUGGUGAUCUUGUCCCAUCCUAUGUUUCCWGAGACUUGUGUCUGCGGGAUGCAACUCUCUGUAACUGUCAAUCCAAGUCACAGCAUAACUACAGAAAGACUCAGGAAACCACUCAAACAUAUUUCUUUAAAUGAAACAUCAGUUUAAAUGAAAUUGAAAGCAGAACAUCAUUUGUGCUUAUUUCCAUAGCUGGCAUAGCUUUCAUGAGGCAAGUAAUCCUAUUUUACCAUGAUAACUUCUCCUAUUCCAACCAGAGGCACAUUUCAUUUGUCUUCUCAACUGCUUUUCCCCAAUUUAUUAGGAGUUGCUUCAGUGGGCUUUCAUUCCCUCUGAGCAGGAGCCUGGGUCACACUCUUUGCAGUCUUGACAUUAACAAGAUGCAAUUGUCCCAUCUCCCCCAACCAAUUAAAAAAUAAAAAUCAGUCAGGUAGUAUGUCUAAAAAAAGCCCAGUAUUUYGUAAGCCACAAGUUGGAGUUGAGAGUCUUAGAUCAGUGUGGGCACUGGUGGUCUCUUUUGGGUCAACAGUCACUCCUCUGCUUUGGACAAGUACAGAUUCAUGAGCAUAAGCUCCAUGUGAACACUGUUCCUGUUAGAAGUGAGAGCUUAUUYCCCUUUGAGAUAUGAUGAAGCAACAGCUCUAUCUGGGAUCUUCUACUGCGACAACGAGCCAAGUUCUGGAUGUUCCUGCAGAAGAGUAUUUGCUUACAGUCAUCAGAAGCUCAAGGCUGAUAAGGUCACCACCUUGGAAGCAAUGAGACAACCUACUCUGUGGUUCACAUUGUUUGAACAUUUAUUGCAAUUCAGUGUCAAAAAUGUUUUACAAAAAUACAUUACUGUCUGCACAGAACAGCUGUAAAAAUCAGUUGAACAUGCAAGGGAAGAGGAAAAAAGUGUGCAAAUUUAUAAUGGAAGGAUUUUAACCACACAAUAAUAUUAAACAGAAGUCUUAUAUAAGGGAUGYCUUUCACUUCAUAUCAUCUCUAGUUACAACUUCAAGGAAAAAUAAAACAGAACACAGUCUCUCUUCCAUAUAUAAGUAGGUAUUUAUAAUUACUGUCGAUUAAUUCCUAAAGAUGAGCAUAUUGCUAUUUCAAAUUAMAAUGUUCUCUUGGUAGCUGACAUGUUAGCAUUCUGUGCAGCACAGGAUGGCUAAAGAAA